AUGCGUUGUGGUGACCAUGCCAGGUCCAAGCCCGGGUUCCUCGCUGCUCUCGCUGCCUUGCUGCUGGGCUCGGCCUGCAGCCUCGCUGCCUGGCACCAGCUCCGGCGGGGCCUCCACUUCGGGACUUGGAAGCCGAAGCUUCGAAGAGUUGGGCCAACCCCCGCGCCGAAGCAGGGGAGCAGCCAGCCCACCAGGACACCCCUGGCGAGCCCGACCGCAGGGCCCAGGACGCCCCUGGCGAGCCCGACCGCGGGGCCCAGGUCGGAGAACCCGAAGGGCCCGCAGAGUGACAGCUGCCGCUGGGAAGAGACCGCCGGAAAGGCCCAGCUCUAUGUGGACCCAAGCAUCAUAAAGCGCGUCCGACACCGCAGAAACUGGCCGGCGUUCCGUGAUGCCGUGGCACGCGAGGCGACGCGGCCCAUGGCCGAGACCUUCGCUCUGGCGGCGGCCCGCGGCGGCCGCUUCCGGUUCGUGACCUCGGAGCAUGGCCCACACUACCUGGAGUGGCGAACCCAGGUGUGGACCAACGACAGCAAGGCGUCCCUUUUCUCCGGAUUGGCAAUCCCCUUUGCUGAAGGCCCCCCCCGCUGUAACUUGGAGCUGCCGGGCCCCGUGGCCUUCUACCGCGGCCUGUCGCCGCAGAGGUUCCAGUACGGGCACCUGCUGCUGGACCUCCUGCCGCUGCUCCAGUUCCUCGCCGCUGCCGAGGCCACGUCCACGCUGGUGCUGCAACGGGACCCAGAAGGCAUCAUCGAACGCUUCAUGCGAUGGUACGACAGAGACCUGACAAAGAGGCUGGUCUUCGUGAACGAAACGCAGGUGGUUUGCACCUUGGGCCGGCUGUCGCUGAUCAAGGCGAAGCCCGGCAUCCUUCGGCCCGAUAGCAUGCGGCUCAUGAGCCUUUGGGGGCCUCUGCGGACGCAGAUACGCCGGCUCAAAGAGUCUCAGCCCGCGGUGCGCGCCGUCGCCUACCAGCGAGUGACGGGAUCCGUGACGCACGGCCGCGUCAUGGGCCGGCAAAGCAACCGAAAACUCCUGGCCAUGGCCAAAGCGGCCCUCAAGGCUUCUGGGCAUCCGCCCCAAGUGGUGGUCUUCACCGGACAGAAAGCCGGAGGGAGGCUGAUGACCUUCGAGGAGCAGUAUCGCCUCUUCAAUGCCGCCUUCCUGGCCUACGGACCCCAGGGCACCGGGCUGGCGAACAUUCUCUGGAUGCAGAAUGCCGACUGCCAUCGGCGGCCAGCUGUCAUUGAGUUCAUCUGCUCGCAAGAUCUGCAGAGCAGCCCGGGCUGCUUCAUCUGGCAGAACUCCCAGAAGGUACUCAGCAUCAAGUCCACCUGGCACGUGGCCGCUGGCGCCUUUUGGGUACGCUACUUCCACGUCUGGCUGCUGCGGGGAGCCAUGGGGCAGGUCGAGAUCGAUUUCAUAGGCUUCAACCAGUCGCUGCACGAAGCGCUGAAGCCCUUGCGCUUGUGA